GGGGGGGUGGACACAGCAAAGAGGCCAGAAACUCAGUGGUUGAUGUUUGCGGACUGAGUCCUCAACAGGAAAUUUGAGUUUCUGUCAGUUGAAGGCUAUGCAUCCUUGAGUUUUUUGAGAAAGGAGAGAUGCAUACCAUAUCAUUAAAGAAGAAAUACACUUACAACUUCGGGCACAUUCUUUUCUAAGGCUAGUUACAUAUGCAUCCCUACCCUCUUACACUUAGAUGGCUUACCACUAACAAAUCAGGCACUCCUUUAUCCUUCGGUUCACAUAGAUUUUCUGUGCAUUUUAUCUCCCUUGUCUGGUUUACUGUGGCUGACAAGGUCAAGAUAACGGAAAUCUAUCAGGUCAGAGGCUGAUAUGUGAUCACAUAAGUUGCUUUAUGUUUUGCUCCUUUGCUAAUGUUGAAUGGAAGAAAUUACUAGGAAAUAUAAUUUCUGCCUCUUUACCCCAGCAUGAAAGGCAGGAGCGAAUAUGACAUAUGGCUGAAUCAAGUCCAACAAUGAUGGCUCUUUACGGUUUUUGAGGUCCAGAUUUUGUGCAAUCUUUGUGCUGCAUCACAGUGCCUGACUGUGACACACAGAAUAAGCUUCCCUGCUAGCAACUAGCAUCGCUCUACAUGUAUAGUCAGGCAUCAUCUUUCUUUGCAGAGUUGAACUGUAUUCGCAUGUUGCAUGGUUUUAACAUGUUCCCACCAUUCCCUUGUCUUUCAGCCUUGUGGGUAGUGAGGAAUGGGCUUUCCUCAAAAUGCUAUGACAUGUAUUGGUAAAGAAUACAUGUUGAAAACCUCGAGCUAGUUUCUAGCCCGUUCAUCAAGUCUCCAGCUUCUCGAGACCCAGCCUUCAGAAUGUGACCCUUAAAAAAUAGGAAAAAGAUAGCUAUUAUUGCUUGAAUAGAAAAAUGAGAGAACCUAACUUAGUAAACAAGUUUCUUGUAAUAAUUGGUUGAACAAAAAGUAAACGCUAAGAAAUGUAUAAACACUCAAAAGUAUCCCUUUUCUGCAUGAUUUAUCGAUUUCAUUGUAUGAACGCUGAAGGUUUCUAGCACACAAUGAUGUGUCAUGAGAACAUGCGGUACAAUUGUUUGUAGUUCUUUUGUGUUUACAUUAACUUAUUUCUUCUUAAAACUAAUUCAAUGCAAGAAUUUCCUAAAUAAUGCUACAGACCAAUAGAACUUCAAUACUUUAUUGGUUGUUAUGUUUAAUCAUAAAUGCCAACAAAUCCAUCAAAUAAGGAGUGCCUAUAUUUUUUUAGGUAAUGUUCCAGUGAUGUUGUUGAAUGUGUUGAUACUUGCUUCCACAACCACUUAAAAAGGAGCUUUUGAUUAUGAAGCCAUAGGUCAUAAAUUUUGUUUCAAGAAAAUACUCAGAAUAAGGUAAAGCCUUAAGAACUUUUGAAGUCUUAUUAUUCUUUCAUGGUGAAUUAUAUUGAGAUUUUUGGAGAGAAGAAUUAAAGAAAUUUUGUCUUGACAUCCUUACGAGUUUAUGUUGAGUUUAACUGUGCACCAGAACAAAUCAUCUUGUUUAUUUUACCUGUUAUCUUGGUGAGAAUCCACCAACUUUUCUGUCCUAUUAAUUUCAGACCUGUAGGUUGUCAAGAGACAAUUGGUCCUUUUAUUUUAUAAGCUAGACCUUGCCAAUCAACCAUUUGUUGUAUUAUAUACGUAAAGUAUAUGGUCAAACAAUAUUGUACACAUACUACUGGUUCUAUUGUCAAACAAAGCUGUUGCUGAAAUUUUACUGAAAGCAAUGUAUAGGUUCUUUUGGGCAUGCAACCUGCCAGAGGAAUUCUUGCUCAAGUUUUCCUUUUCCUGGUAUGACGGGCACAGUCCUUAACUCUAAUAUCCAAAUAGGAACUUGAAUUUGUCAUGAUUGGAUCACAUCUGAGCAUAUGUACUGAAUAACUGCUGUAGUAAUAGUCAAAAGCUGCUGCAAUAUACAUUAUCUGAAUUGCAGGAUCUUUGGUUGAGCCAAGGCAAUACUGACAAAUUCAGUUUACAGUAAUCGUGGUGCAUUCAUGCUUGUUUUUAGUAUCAGUGAGGUUUAUCACUUAUAUGAAGUGCAGAAAUGCCUGCUAGCUUAGUGUCAUUCACCUUAAAUCUAUCUUCUAUGUUGAAGUUGUGCUUCCUAGUCCAGUUAUCAUAUAACAAUUAGCAUGCACAUGUUCCAUAUCAAUUUUAUUGGAUCCCGCCAGAGAGUCCGAGUCAUCUAAGCAGAGCCCUUUAGAUUGAUUAUGAAAUGUGGAGCUACAAAAACUGUACUCCAUCUGUUUCGCAAUGUUUGUCUGGUCUGCUUACCUAGGUGGCAUAUUAUUUGAUUAAGAUUAAAUUGAAUUAUGUCAAAAUUGUAAGUUGUAACAUUGAUAGAUAAAUAGUCCAUCUAUCCAAAAAGAUCAAGAAAGGACUGAUUUAAAAACUUAGCUUUUGAACCCCCUAAAGUCCUAGGUUGUACUUGCUACACGGCGCAAGGGCUUCUUGUCCAUACACUAGGCUCCAGUUUCGCAUCAUGCCUCAUGGGUAACUUUAUUUUUUAUAAAUUAUCUAGAGUCGAUCAGUUCUGCUUACAGAUUAUUGCAGUUCAGAGUUUGGUCGUACAACGUUCAUCUCAAUCUCAUUGCUUACAUGUGAUUAAUUCAAUAGACAUUCCUCCCUUGUUUUUCUAUUAUAAGUUAUUCCGCUAUUUUUAUUCUAAUAUAUUGUUCUAUGGCGGUCUUCUCAUAGUUAAGGAAGAGAUAACGUUUAAGAAAUAUUUCAAAAGUGCAACUUCAGAACAAUAACACUCUGCAUCAUUGUUUCUACAAUUUAGAUACAGAAGCAUAUUCAACUUUCAACCAUGCCUUUUCUUUCCAAGGAAAAGUUGCCAAAGAAUCCCCCCUCCUUUUUUUGACUAAUUUCCUUUUCUGCAAUCCAAUCAGUUGAUAUGGUUCUUUGCAGCUAAUUAGCAAUGUUCAGAAUGUUUUAGAUAAAUUAGAUACUGAUGCCCCUAUCCCCAAGGAAAGAACACAGAUUUCUGGUAGCUUAAUGUAGUAAAAAUGGUACAAAGAAAAUCACCAUUAUCUGGCAGAGAUGCAAAUUGUAAUAAGCAAACUUGAGAGCCACAUGGAAUAUAUUUUACAAGCUCAAUUAGGUUGCGUCCUGUGAGAAUUUGUGUGGAGUAACUCAUAUAGAAAGUACACUUGGGAAAUCCUCUUUAGCAUUGCACAUUCUUCCUAAUAAGAACCUUAAACAAAUGGAAAGGUAAUGGUACAUAAAUCUCUAGUCACAACAAUGUUUAGCCUGACUGCUCCAUAUGAAGCAUUUUAGUAAUCCAAUCUAUUAUCUUAUUCUUAACAUACUUGGUACUGUUAAGUUGGUCAACCCUAUGAUUAGCUUAACAGCACUAUAUAUAUAGUGCUUGCUAGUUGCUUCCUAGCUCGUUUAUUCAUGUCCUGCCUACUUGUGCCAUGGAGCUUGAGCUUAGUCUAGGGGACUCUCCAGCUCCGGUUAAGUGCACUUCCACACCUGUGCUGACACCUACACAAGCAGGCAAAGAAUACCAUGAGCUUCUGCUGGAGCUAGGCGUAGGAACUGCCAGAAGAACUGGACAAGACAAUCAGAGGACACCCACGCAACCAGGAGAAGAUGCGCAGGAUCAGGAAGAUGACGGUGAAGCAUGUUUUCGCAUAGAAUCACCUGUCGAGCUAAGCCUCGGCUGCCGGCUGCUGCCUGCCUCAGCAGAAACAGGAAGUGCGAAUUCAGAGGAGUGCAGACGAGGAUUUGUGGUGAACACUGUUGUUGUGGAUGGAGAAUCGGUACAAGGAAGAUCAUUGUCGACUUCGUCCUUGCCAAUGGAGGUUCCUGUUCGGCAGGCAGCUGAUCUGGAAGGUGCAGAGGAUGAGGAGAAUAGUGGGGUCGGCGGGGGAGUGAGGAAGAAGCUAAGGCUGUCCAAGGAACAGUCUGCGUUCCUAGAGGAUAGCUUCAAAGAGCACAGCACACUGACCCCAAAGCAGAAGAGUGAUCUAGCGAAGAAGCUGAAUCUUCGGCCACGCCAAGUGGAGGUCUGGUUUCAGAACAGAAGAGCUAGGACAAAGCUAAAGCAAACCGAGGUGGACUGCGAGUAUCUGAAGCGUUGCUGCGAGACGCUAGCGCAGGAGAACCGGAGGCUCCAUAGGGAGGUGGCGGAGCUGCGUGCCCUGCGGACCGCCCCGUACCCCUUCUACGGCCAUCUACCUGCUGCAGGGUUCAGCACUGCCCGCAUGUGCCCCUCGUGCGAUGCCAAGGUCAUCACAGCUCACCAUCCCUCUAUCACCCCAACAUCACCGGCGGUGGCACCGCCGUCGCCUGUGUCCACCUCGUUCGCUAGGCCUCACUUUGGGCCCUUCACCGUCGUCCACCCCGUGCUCCGCCGCCAGCGACCUCGUGAGGUGCAGGCCGAAAGCUCAUGUGCAUAAUUGUAGUUUCUGUAGAUUCUAUACUGUAAAUAUAUCGCUACUUCUGUUCAACCAAAGAUCAAAGUUACCAUUAGGGAUCGAUGCAUGCAUUGUUACUGCCCAUAGAAAGAAAGGUAAACUUUGUAUAAUGUGUGUAGUUGAAAAGUAGACCCGACAAAUUGAUGUUAAUUAGAUGAUGCAAAGGAUGUCGAGUGUGUCCCAUCUCGACCAGCAGAUUUGGAUCGAUCC